AUGACUGCCGCAUGGCUGCUGCCCAUUGUAGCGACCAUUGUCGCAGCUGCUUCGGGGGCCAUCAUUGCCAGUGUUCUCCCAAACGACCAGCACGCAAUUUGGACCGUCACAAUAUGUUACAUUCUAUGGGGCUGUGGAGUGCCGUUGGCCAUGUUCACCAUGGUGAUAUAUUUUCAACGUCUUACCUUUCACCAUUUACCCCCGCGGGAGGUGCUUGUGUCAGUCUUUCUACCGCUGGGACCGCUUGGUCAAGGAGCAUUUUGCAUUAUACAGCUAGGAAAAGAUGCCAUGGCCCUUUUUGGGCGCAACAAUUAUGUCCCAGCAGCUCCCAUGGCGGGUCAAAUCUUCUAUGUUGCCGGCAUUUUAAUGGCGUUUGUCAUGUGGGGCUUUGGUCUCGUCUGGCUCUUCUUUGCACUGUCGUCCAUUUCGCGAAUGAGGUUUCCCUUUAACCUCGGGUGGUGGGGCUUCACUUUCCCAUUGGGCGUGUAUACUGUUGCCACCACAACAUUGGCCAAAGAGCUGCCGUCGCUUUUCUUCAAGGUACUCGGAACCAUUUUUAGUGUUGUGGUAACUUUGCUUUGGAUCGUGGUGGCUUGUGGCACAGUUUGGUUUGGAUUUCAUGGAAAAUUGAUAUUUGCUCCAUGUGUUGCUGAUUGGGAGGCCAAGGAACAGAGAAAGGUCUACAAGGAGUGA